UUCCUUAGCAAUGGCCAAGGAUGAUGAUCAACCACCCACACCUCCUCCUCCUCCACCCUCUAAUGACUACCACCCUGCUAAUUCCAUUAGCAAUAUCAAGAAUGAGGUUCCAGAAAUUCUUGAUCAUGAAAAAGGGAAUUAUGGUAGUUGGGUUGAACUUUUCGAAAUUCAUUGUCACUCCUACAAUGUUAUCGACCAUAUAGAUCUUAAAUCACCCCGUCCUACGGACCUCACAACGGCGCAGUGGAACCGUCUUGUUUCAAUUAUGAAAAAGUGGAUUUAUAACACAAUUUAUGCGGACUUACGAAGCACGGUGUUGUACAAAAAUGCUACGGCACAAGAAACUUGGGAUAGGCUCGCCAAUAUUUUUCAAGAUAAUGGUUUAAUUGACUCCGACUAUGAUGGAGUGGCUCAAUCUAUCACUCAAAUUCGACCUCUUCCUGGAUUUGAUGAAGCAAGAUCCCGAAUUCUCUUAGAAGAGUCCCGCAAAUCCGCAAAAGACAACUCCGGGCAAGCUUUUGUGGCACAAGAGAGCAGCACCACCACCACCACGGCGGCCGGCCAGCAGCAGCAGCCGCCGCAACAGUAAGGCAGGGGUGGUGGUGGAAGUGGU